AUGUUAACUCAGCUCAAAACGAAAUUCCACUUUAAACAGCUACGGAGCAUGGAAAGCGCAAUAGGCCAGCAGCGGGUGUUGGCAGAUGGGGAUCAAACGGACGCGCCAUUAGAGAUCCUGAAGCAGGAAAAGUGCCGGCUAGAGAACGCCGUCGUGCAUUUGAAGGAUUCAAAUGUCCAGCUCGAAGAGGCGCUUCGAGAAUCUGGACCUGAUGAAGAGUAUACGACGGCAGUGUCUGAGAACAAGGUCGUCAUCAGGGAGCUCGAACAGAAGAUCAAGCAGCUCGAGGAGGACAUCAGAUUAGCGACGCAACUGUUAGAGUGUGAGAUGGAAGACGUCGGAAGCAAACCGGAAAAUUCCAGCGACGCUCGGUCGAAUGGGACUUGGCUCUAGUAGCGUUCCCACGAUUGUGGAGUCCAUGCUUCGGUUAUGGGAGGUUUACUCAAUCGCGAAUCAUUAGGGAGUGUACAUAUCAAAUUGGGGAGUGUACAUAUCAAACUCUCAGUUAUCUGAGGCUGAACUUGUAAAUUGGAUCAAGACGGAAAUCAGAUAGCUCGCAAGCCAAACAGGUCGAGUCAAGAUUGCAAGGAAGUUUUGCAAGUGCAGAUCUUAUAUAAGGUAGAGUUGCAGCAAGCAAGAGGAAUCAUGUUGAUUGUCCCUGGACAUUGAAUGUCCCUGCGAGAAUCGAGUCAGC